AUCCAUGGAUAUUAUAAGAUCAUUUGGCAACAUUGGACGCCAAGAUACACUUCACCAACUGACUACAAUCCGCACAAGGCACGAAGACAUUACUAUACGGCUUCUCAAAUCACGAACCAAGAGAGAACCACGAAGCAGAGCUCUGCUCAAGUCACGUCAGGCAAUGACCAUUUCACGCGCGCUCACGGAACCAGUCUUACCACUUUUCCAAUCAACUCCUAUGGAAUGUCUGGCCGAUUAUGUUGCUGCGUUGCCUGUUCGCCCGUUCAAGUCUUUGCGUAAUUUGGUAGCCUGAAUAGUCAUGGGCAGUGGCAUUAUUUGUGGGCUGCUGCUUUAGCUUUGGAUACUUCUGGUGCUUUAACUGCUGCUGUUGCUGAUGGUGGUAUAACAUAGUGUUUGGCUUUGGCUUAUAGGCUGAAAUGGGCACCAAGGUAUAGACACUAUCUUUCUGUUCGUUCCCUAUUUGCUUCUAUAUGUACAUAUACUGGAUUCCAACAAGAGGAAAAACUCUUCCAUUCAGCCAGAACCAAUUAUUAAUUUCGGAUCGGAUCAGCGACCGCGUUGAAGCUGGGUGUUAUGCCGUCGAUAUGCUUGCUCCUUACUGUUGGUUGUGGUUGGUUUUCGUGAAUCUUUUCUCCACACAGAGAUAUACUUUGGUCUGUCUUUUCGUUCGAAUUUAAUUAAAUGUUAACGCCAGUUGAAAUAUGGACUUUUAAAGUUCAUACAUAUUUCAAACACAUCCUGUAUUAUUAUAAUCCGAGAGCACACUUUCUUUAUCGGGAAUCUAAGAAAUGGAGGUCAAAGAUACAUACAGAGGGAUUAAACAGCAAAAUCAACAUUGAAGGUAGCCUAGUCAACGAGGAACAGGAAGAGAACACUAGACGUAUUCUCACUAGGAAUCGUGAACUAUGGAAAGCCGCUAUGGAUCGAAAAGAUGAUAUGAGUGGCAAUAUACAGAAUUUAUAUUUAUCAAACCGGAAAAAAAUAUUCGAUACUGAUUGAGAAAUUUUCGAAGAAAAAAAAAAUUUAUAAGAAAAUUAACAUUCUGAAAACACCAUCAUGCAUAAGGUAUUAGGAAGUUUGAAGGGAUAUCUUAAAAUACAAGAUAUUCAUACGGAUAAUGCAAUAUUUCGUUUGCAUAACUCAUUCACAACCGUUUUGUUGUUGACAUGUAGUCUUAUAAUUACCGCUACUCAAUAUGUAGGUAAUCCAAUAAGUUGCAUUGUUAGUGGCUUACCGGUGCAUGUGGUGAAUACAUUUUGUUGGAUUUCGAGUACAUUUACAAUGCCGGAUGCUUUUCGAAGACAGGUUGGUACUGAGGUCGCUCAUCCAGGUAUUGCCAACGAUUUUGACGAUGAAGACGCCAAGAAGUUCUAUACCUAUUAUCAGUGGGUUUGCUUUGUGCUAUUCUUCCAGGCCGUUGCAUGUUAUACGCCGAAAUUCAUCUGGGACCACUUCGAAGGUGGGUUACUACGUUCUAUUGUCAUGGGUCUGAACCUUACCAUUUGCACAAAAGAAGAAAAGGAAGCUAAGAGGGAUGCUCUCCUGGACUACCUAAUCAAACAUGUCAAGCGCCAUAAGAUGUAUGUUGCUCGAUACUGGGCAUGUGAGGCUCUUUGUCUAAUCAAUAUCGUUGUCCAAAUGUAUCUUAUGAAUAAAUUCUUUGAUGGAGAAUUUAUGUCCUAUGGUACACGAGUCAUGGGAUUAUCUGAUAUUCCUCAAGAACAACGUUUCGAUCCAAUGGUUUAUGUGUUUCCAAGAGUCACCAAGUGUAUCUUCCAUAAAUACGGUCCAUCUGGUUCAUUACAAAAGCAUGAUUCACUUUGCAUCUUACCUCUUAAUAUUGUCAAUGAAAAGACCUAUAUUUUCAUUUGGUUUUGGUUUAUCAUAAUGACAGUUCUUCUAUGUGGACUUUUAGUGUUCAGAGCAUUCAUAUUUUUCAUGCCCAAGUUUCGUCCACGUAUCUUACAUGCUCGCAAUCGCAUGAUCCCUAUCGAAACCUGUCGUUCGUUGUCUCGAAAACUUGAACUUGGCGACUGGUGGCUCAUCUACAUGCUUGGACGCAAUCUAGAUCCUGGUGUAUAUAAGGAUGUUAUGGGAGAAUUUGCAAAGCAAGUUGAGCCCGAAAAUCAAUAUUAUCACUCGAAAUAAACACAAUGGCUGCCUUUUUGGAAACAACAACGAAAAUUAGUUUCCAUAAUUUUGAUGAAAAUUCAUCUCAUCACACACACACAUAAUGUAGUGCUAUAAGAAUAGAAGCAGUUCUUAGUUCUGUGAUUAAGACAAUCAAUACUUUUUUUUUGUUUAGAUAAUAAAUCGAAAGAGAUAGGAUAAAUUUCUUACCUAUUUUUUUGAUAUAAUUUUUGUAUGCAAUGAUCACAACUCGAAUCGAGAAGAAUUUAAAUUUUCAUAAAAUAUUUUUUAAGAAAUUUUUAUUUUUAUUUAAAUUUAAUUUAUAAAAUUUUAUAUAAUAUACGAGAAUGCAUAUAAGUAUAUGCAUGAAAAUAUAUGUUUAGCCAUAUAUAAAAUUAAUUAAGAUUUAGUUUUUAUCGAAAAUAAAAUUUACAAAAAAAAAACAGGCAUUUAAUUUAGCUCUCUUUUUAAGUAAGUUGCUUCUGAGUCUUUUAUAAGUUUAUUUUAAUAAAAACAAAAAAAAAAUUAUUGUUUAGAGUACCUAAUGAUGAUGAUAAUCAAAAUAAAAAUACAAUUUCAAUAAAAAUCAUAUUA